AUGUUGGAAAACCUAAGUGUUUAUGUAAUUAUUAAUUCAUUUUUAAUAGAAUGUAAUUAUAGUUGUGAAACUUGUGCAAUUUUAGAUACUGCAUGUUUAACUUGUUAUCCAUCAAGUUUUAGAACUUUAAAUAAUCAAAAAUGUAUCUGCCAAAAUGGAUAUUUUGAUGAUGGGGUUAAUUCUAUCUGUUCGAGUAUAAAUCUUUCUAAUAUUAGAAUGCCAUUAUUCUUGUUUUAAAUGUAGUUCAUUUUCAACCAAAUGUGACUCAUGUGGUUUAACAUCUAAUAGAGAAUUCAAUAAUUUACUAUUUUCUUGCAAUUGUUUUAAUAAUUAUUAUGAUUCUGGUAUAGAAAUUUGUUAGAAAUGUCAUUAUUCUUGUUCAACAUGUAAUUCAUUUGGAUCUUAAUCUUGUAAAUCUUGUUUAGAUAAAACUAUAUCAUUUAGAGUCAUUAAUGGUAAUAUAUGUCAAUGUUUGUUUGGAUAUUAUGAUGAUGGAAACUCAACAAAUUGUAAAAAAUGCUCAAUUUUUUGUUAAACAUGUUAAAAUGCAGCUGAUUAUUGUACUUCUUGCACAUCUACUAGACAUUUAGAAACAAAUAAAUGUAUCUGUGAUACAGGUUAUUUUGAUCAAAUGCUUGAAUUAUGUAGCAAAUGUGAUUCUAAUUGUGUAAAUUGUAAAUUAAGUCCCAAAAAUUGUAUUGAAUGUGAUUCCACAUUAUUGAAAGUAUUUGAUAAUAAAACUCAAACUUGUAUUUGUAUGAAUGGAACUACAGAUAUAAAUGGUGUAUGUUAAUUUUGUGAUAUUACCUGUUUAACAUGUAUAAAUACUAUUAGUAAUUGUUCAUCCUGUAAAGCUUUAAAAUUACUUAUAAAUACUAAAUGUUAAUGUAUUGAAGGCACUUAUGAAACAGGUGUUGAUAAAGAAUGUUAGCUUUGUAAUUCUACUUGUUAGACAUGUAUAAAUAAAGAAAAUUAUUGUACAUCCUGUUCAACAGAUAAAUAUCGAAUCUUUAAAACAGGAAACAUAUGCAUUUGCUAAGAUGGUUAUUAUGAAGAUUUAGUGACUUUUGUUUGUAAACAAUGCGAUUUUUCUUGUUUAACUUGUUAGAUUACAUCGAAAAAUUGUUAAUCUUGUGAUUCAAAAAUGAAUCUUAGUCUGGAUCUCUAAAAUAAAUGCAUAUGCUCAUCAGGUUUUUUCUUAAAUUCAACUUCUAGAAUUUGUGAAGGUAAAUGUUCAUUAUUAUUUUAAAUUAGCUUGUAAUAUCACAUGUAAAGAAUGCAAAAAUCUUACUUAGUGUAAUGAAUGCGAACCUAUAACUAGACACUUAGAUUCAGAAAACUUACAAUGUCUAUGUAAAGAUGGAUAUUAUGAAGUGAAUUAAAGGAAAUGUUCAUGUAUCAAAUUUGUUGUAAAAAAUAGUAUGUAAUAUAACUUGUAAAACUUGCAUCAAUUAAGCAACUAAAUGUAAAACAUGUGAAGCAAUUUAUUAUCGAAUCCUAAAUAAUUCAAAUGCAUGUAUCUGUUUGGAUGGCUAUUAUGAUGUUGGAAUAGAAAUGUGUUUAUUAUGCAAUAAAUUAUGUAAAACAUGUUAAAUUAGUUCUACUAAAUGUUACUCUUGUUAUGAAAUAGAGUAAUUUAGAUAUUUAAGUUCUAAUUAAUGUAUCUGUAAGUCAGGAUACUAUGAUAAUGGUUUUCCAUUAUGUGAAAGUAUUUAUUAAUGAUAUUUUAAGAAUGUUCGAAUUCUUGUCUCACAUGUUCAGGUAAAAAAGAUUAUUGUACCAGUUGUGAUAUUAAUCAAAAUAGAGUUGAUCUCUCAGCAAUUAAAAAAUGUCCUUGCUCAACCGGAUUCUUUUCAGAUGAAAAUGAAGUUUGUUAAAGUAUUAAUUUCAAUAAUAAUUAGAAUGUAGUUUAAAAUGUUCGUCAUGUUCUUUAUAUAAAGAUAGCUGUCUAAGUUGUUCAAUAUCCAAAACUUCAAACAGACUUAGUAUCUCUAAAAAUUGUAAUUGCAAAGAAGGAUAUUAUGAUGAUGAUCUUUAACUUGAUUGUUAGAAUUGCAGUGUUCGAUGUAAACUUUGCUCAUAAUCUUCAACAAAUUGUUAAAUUUGUUCUAUAAACUUGAGAGAAAACCCUCCUGUUUGCAAUUGUAAAGCAGGUUUUUAUGAAAAUUAAUCUUUUAAUUGUGAAGGUAAUUAUAUCUUUAGUAAUAUUUUAGUUUGUGAAAAUUAAUGUAAUACUUGUGAAAAGACUAGUUCUAAUUGUUUAACUUGUAAAGAGGGAAGAUAUACAUAAAAAUGUCUUUGUGAAGAUGGAUAUUUUGAAGGAGGAUAACCUUUAUGUCUAUGUAUUUUUUGUUAAAUACUUUAAGAAUGUAGUUUUUAAUGUAAAACAUGUUCAUUAUCUUCUUUGAAUUGUUUAAUUUGCAAAGGAGAUCGUUAAAUUAUUCCAUCGUGUUCUUGCCCUGAUGGAUUUUAUGAUGAUUUUAAAAAUGAUUCUUGUUAAGUUUGUGAUCGAUUAUGCAAGACUUGUAAUAUUGAUGGUUGUCUUUCUUGCAUUGGAAAUAGAGUUUUAACAUCUGAAAUGGCUUGUGAAGAACCACCACAUUCUGUAAUUCAUACUGAAACUCCUUGGUGUUCAAGUAAUUAUAUACUUUUAAUUUAUUAAUAGCUUGUAAUGUAGCAGUGAUUGAUGCUAGAUUCUCUGAUGAUUUACUUUCAAUUUCAGUUAAAUUUGAUUUUCCAUUAAACCCCAGCUUUUUCACUUCUUAAUUUCAAGAUAAUAUUUGCUUUUAAAUACUAGAUGAAUAAACAUACUUAAAAUUGGGAAAAAGUCCAAAUUGUUUUUUAGAUCAUAACGACUCUAUGAUAUUAAUCAUAGAAGUAGGAUAAUAGGUUUCGAUUAUACCAGGAGAUUAAAUAAUAUUUUAUGGAUAAUAUUUUGGACAUCUAAAUUGUGUCUAAAAAAUAGAUAUAUUCAUCCUUAAUUAAGUUAAAAUUCCUAUUAAUCCGGUUUCUCCUAAAAUCUUUUAUGAUUUGCCUACCUAUUUUUUAAAUCCUUGUGAUGAUAAUACUAUUCCUAUCAAAUCUAUUAUUUUUGAUGGUCUCAGAUAAUUAAUAGGAAUUAGAUGGACUUUUUCAGUAGAUGGAUAAAAUGGAAAUGGGAAUCUUGAAAGUUUUGUAAAUUCAUUAACUAAUCUCUAAAACUUAGAACUUUCUAUCCCAUUAUAAACAUUGCCUAAAUAAUCUAACAUAACUUUCUUUGUAGAAUUUCAAAAUUUUGUUUAAUAAAAAUCCAUUCAAUUAAUAUAAGUUUAAACUCAUUCUGGAUAAUUUCCAACUAUUCGUUGGAUUUCAAAACCUUAUUAUUAUGCUUUUGAAACUAUUGUAUUACAAUUUUAAAUAAAAAAAAAAGAUUGUUCAGAAACAACAACCAUUCCCUAAAUCGAUAACUCUUAAUAUUAAGUAUCUUUAGUUGAAGUUUAUAGAAAUGAAUCCAAUUCUAGACCAUCAAGAGUUAAAUACUCUGAAAUUACUAAUUAAAAUUCAUUUAAUGUGACAAUUUAAAAUUAUACUCUAACAUCAAGAGUUGCAUAUGUAUUCUCUUAAAACACUUUUGAUGCUCUGUUGAACUUUUCAUUAACAAGAAAUAUUACACUUGAAAUCAAUGCAGGAGGUAUUUUUUGUUAGUUUAAUGGAACAAAAAAGAUUUAAAAUUAUAGAAAAGAUUCUAAUAUAUUAAUUUCAUGCAGAGAUCUUGAUACACAAUAUGGAUGGAAUGAAGAUCCAUCUAUUUCACUAAAUAUUACUUGUGUUGAUUUAACAAUGAAUUCACUUUGUAGAGACUUAAAUAAACAAUUAAUCAAAAUUAACAAAACUCAAAGCAUCCAAACUAUUUCAAAGUAAACUAUCCCACCUUAUACAAUUCAAAGUUGGUAGGUAACUGCUUAAAAAAAACAAUACAAAUAUACUUUUAAAUAAAAUAUAGUUUAUUUAGACAAUGAUUUUAAAUUAUUAGAUAUCACAUACAAUAAAGGAUAUAUUAUGCGUUCAAUCAAUAAUUAUGAAAAUCUAAAAUUUACAAUUCAAAUUCCUUUUGAAGAUAGAUAAUAUCUAUUAGAAUAUCAAGUUGCUAUUAUAUACAACUUUUAACUUAUUAAGAUUCUAAAAUCUUCGUAUUUUUAAUACCAUUUUAGAAUAUUUGACUAUCAUACGAAAUUUGAUAAAGGAAAAUAAAUUAACCUGAAAUUCUUGGCAUAAUUCACUAAUGAAAUUAUACCUAGUCAAGAGGAUUUACAAUUAACAGUUAAUUUGCCUCCAACUUGCAUUGUAUAAAUUUAAUCAGAAACUAUUGUAGCCUUGUAGCCAUUUAAGAUAAUCACACAAUGUGAUUUUUCUAAUGCUUCUCCUUUUAUGUAUUAAUUGAGAUAUUUCAUUAACAAUCAAGAUUAUUUAGAUUUUAUGGAUCGAACUUCAGAUUAUUCAUUAUUAUUAAAUGGAUAUCAAACUUCAAAUACUUUUGAAGGUUUUUUUCCAUUCUCUUAAGCGCAUAUUUUGAUUUAAGUAAUAGAUUCUCGAGGAUCUUAUUCAAAUAUUGUAAAACAAAUUAAUAUUACAUAAGCAUAAUUUAAAUGUUCAGAUAUAAACAUAAACAAAUUACCUUAUAAACAAUAAAUUGCAAUGUUGAUAGAAAUAUUAUUGAAUCAUUAAUAAUUAAAAUAUUGCAAUUCUAUAUCGAAAUAAUUAUAUUCCAACAUUAAAUCUAAUUUAGGAGCUGAAGAUUUAAAUGAUUAAUUUUUAGUUUAUUAAGUAGUAAAACUUUAUAAGAGAUUUAUACUCAAUGAAAAAGUCACAAAAUCAAAUAAUAGACUUAUGACCAUGGAUUAUUAAGAAAGAUGCUUUCAAAAUUCUACGAAAAGUUUUUACAUAUAAAACUCCACAUUUAAUAAUACUUUAACUGAUACUGCAACUGGCUUAAUAUCUGAAUUAUAAUAAAUUAAACUUGUUUCAAAAAAGUUAAUUUAAAAAUAAACUUAAUUUAAUAGUGAAUUAAAUUAGGAUGAUAUCUUUUACGAUGAAAAAUUAUUUUAAAAAAAGGAGUCAGUUGCAUAAUCACUACCUAUUUUAUUACUCAUGAUUGACGAUAUUUUUGUUAAAAUUUCAACUGUCUUUAUUUAAUCUGAUGAGGAUUCUAAAUAAAUUAUCUACAUCGCUGAGGAAUUAAUCAGGCUAAUCGAAAAUAUUGCUUUUUAAUUUAAUGAUUAAAUAGAGGUUAAUGGUCCUACUUUUACUGUUAAUGGUUAAAUAUUAAAUUUUUAAAUAAGCAAACAAACAAAGGAUAAUUUUAAUAAUUAAUUUAAUAUAGAUAAGGAUCUAUUAGAUGGGUUAAUAGAUUUUGUGCAAAAAUAAUAAAUAAGUCUCAAUUAUAAUUAUUAUAUCCUCUAAUAAAAUAUAUCGUCUAAAUUAUCCUAAUUCCUUAAUACUUCAAACUUAUUAAUAGAAUAAAAUUUUCUUAGGAAAACCAAUUUGAAAAACCACCUUUAUGAUAAUCGUUUCAUAGAAUACUAAAAUAUUGAAUAAAAAUAUAUAGUUGAUAUCGCUUAAUAUUAAUAUUGUUAAGAAGAAGUACCAGAGUAGCUGUUAAAUUAUUAUUAUUGUGUUGAGAUAAAUUCAUUUGGAGAAUACUUUCUUUGUGAUUUGUAAGUAGAAGAGAUUGAUAAUAUAACUGUUUCAAUUUCAUGUAAAUGUCUCUAGUUUGGUGAUAUCUUUCUUGUAAGAUAUACUAAUAAUUCAUAUGAGGAAUAAACUAUUAAGUAAUAAAAUUUAGAUGAUAAAAUGGAGGAUUUUGAUUUAAAAAUAAACGAAUAACCUAUCCUAUUAUUUCAUGGCAUCUUUAUUAUUUUUUCUUUUUUUCUAUACAUUGAACUAAAUUGCAUCGAGACAAAAGUUGCAUAUAACUUUAUAAACCAUGGAAUAAUUUUGGAAAGCACAAACGAUGAUAUUCCAACUUUGGGAAAAUAAAAAUUAUUAUUUUAUCCAGGAAGCUUUGCUAUUUAUAAGAUGAUUUUUAAAGUAAACUAUUUUAUUAAAAUAUAGCAUUUACAUGAAAUAAUCUCCAUAUUUUAUAUAGAAAGUUUUAUUGUUACUAAAAGUUUUCGAUUUUUAUAAUUAUCAAUCAAAAUUAGUCUACUUAUCCCUUUAUCUUUUUUGGAAAUAUUAUAUAUAUAGAAAGUUGCGAUAUUGGCUGCUUUAUUUGUCAACUGCGUAUUUUAUUUACUUAUUAGAAUUAUUUGUAAAAUAUUUUAGUCAUUUUACAGAUUUAGAGGAAAAUUAAGCAAAUUUAUUGUAGGAGUUUAUUUAAUUAUCCAUAUAGUAUGCUAUAUAUUCUUUAUCAUUUUAUUAAGAAAAUAGUAAAUAUUAAAUUAAUUAAAAUAGUAAGGGAGAUUACCAUUAAUUGAAUUUAGAUAUCUCGCUAAUCUUAACUUUGUCAAUCUUUUUACAAUUUGUCAUUUUGGAUCCUGUAAUGAUAUUUUUUAGGAUAAUUAUUACUAAGUAUGUCACAGUUCAAAUAAGAAAUAUAAUACUUAACCCAAUUAAUUAAUUGAUCUAUUUUUUUAUCGAAAAUGAAAAAUUAGACGAACUACUCCAAUAAUAUGUAAUUAUGUGA